AUGGCGGAGGAGCCGAGCAGUGUCCCUGAAGCCCUUCAACAGCUGGGAGCUUGUCACAACCUGGAGAUGAAGGCGGAGGUGCGGGUGGCUUUCCAGGUGACGAUGGUUGUGCUCUUCAUGGCUCUGCUCGUCACUGCUGUCACUUUUGCAGCACAGGCUUUUCACCCGCGGCCUGCACCCUGUUUUCGGUGUCCCUUUGACUGGAUCGGCUACAGAGGAAAAUGCUACUAUUUUUCGGAGGUUGAAGGGAACUGGACAUCUGGCCAGGACAACUGCUCGGCGCUUGGGGCUUCCUUGGCCAUGCUCGACAGCCUGGAGGACUUGAGCUUCGUGAGGAGGUAUCAAGGCACCUCAGAGCAUUGGAUCGGCCUUUCGCGAGGAGAUGAGGACCAACCAUGGAAAUGGGUGAACAAUUCCCAUUUCUCUCAGCCAUUCUGGAUCCACGGAGGUGGCCUCUGUGUCUACGUCACCGAGGACGGGCUCGGCUCCUCCAGCUGCGACGCACGCAGGAGCUGGGUUUGUAAUAAAGCCGAGUCACGGAAUCCAGGUCAAAACAGGACGAGACGGGCUCAAAACCUUUGUGUUGGCUCCUAACGGGCUGCAGGAAGAGCUCCUCGGACCCAAAUAUGCGGUUUUGUCCCCCAAAACCAAAGAAAACCUCAAAAAAACCCCAAAACAAAAC